UUACUAGUAUCUAAAAUGUUUGCUAGCGUGGUAUGUGUGUUGGUGCUUGGCUCAGCAGCAGUGCUCGCCAAGACAUUGCCCGGGUUUCUGCCGAGGACUCGGAGCGAAGAACACCAGGAGUCACAUCUGGACAGAGAUGUUGGCACCGCGCUGAUUCUAACCAGCUACAUCGAGGCCGGGCAGAUUGGGGAGGCUCGCAACAAAUCCAAAGUGACUGGAAGUUUGUUCCAUGAAGACAUUCCCAGUUAUUCUGGGUUCUUCACGGUCAACAGCACAUACGACUCUAACUUGUUCUUCUGGUUCUUUCCGGCUGAGCAUGACUACGAGAAUGCACCAGUCCUGCUGUGGCUGCAAGGAGGGCCCGGCCUCUCGGCCAUGUACGGCCUGUUCAACGAGGUCGGACCCUUCUCCGUAUCUGAGGACUUGGACUCGCUCAUAUCCAACCCUUACUCGUGGCACAAGAACCAUUCCCUCAUAUUCAUCGACAACCCUGUCGGCACAGGCUUCAGCUACACGCAGGACGAUGCCGGAUACUCGAGGAACGAUGAAGACGUGGGCAGGAACCUGUACUCAGCCCUACUGCAGUUCUUCGCCUUGUUCCCAGAGCUGCAGCGCAACGACUUCUUCAUCGCAGGGGAGUCUUACGCCGGUAAAUACAUCCCAGCUCUUGGCCACACCAUUCACGUGAACAAUCAAAAUGCCAGCCUGAAGAUAAAUCUCAAAGGUCUGGCGAUUGGAGACGGUCUCGUGGAUCCAAUAAACAUGCUGCACUUCAGCGACCUGGCGUACCAAUGGGGCCUUGUCGACAACAGAACCUGGAGUAAAAUGCAAGGAUACGAAUAUUGGGCUGCAAUUUACAUUGAAAACAACGACUAUGAGCUUGCUCAACUUAUGUGGAAAGAUGUUCUGGAGCUGUUCGAAAAAGAGACAGGAGUGAGCAAGUACAACGUUCUCGAAGACGCAGUCACCGACGAUGAGACGGACAAGGACUUCAUCAACGUGCUGCAGAGAGAGGACGUGCGCGCAGCCAUCCACGUGGGCGGCCAGCGCUACGCGAUGCAGAGCGACUACGUGUCCUCGUACCUGGUGCUGGACGCCAUGCGGUCCGCGCGGCCGUGGCUGGAGGCGCUGCUGGACGCCGGCUACCGAGCCGUGCUCUACAGCGGGCAGCUGGACGUGAUGUGCGGCUACCCGCUGACGGAGCGGGCGCUGCGGGCGCUGCAGUUCAGCGGCACGGGGCAGUACCGCACGGCUCCCAGGCUUGGCUGGCGUGCGGGAGGCCGCCUGGCCGGCUACACCAAGACCGCAGGCAACCUGACAGAGGUGAUGGUGCGCGCUGCGGGCCACAUGGUGGCCGCUGAUCAGCCGCGCGUCGCAUUCCACCUCAUACACCAGAUAACCAGGGACCUGCUGCCUUGACACUGUCAGCUGCCAGUCACACGCUGUCUGCUCAUAGGCCAGCCAUUUCCUUUACCUCAUAUACCAGAUAACCAGGGACCUGCUGCCUUGACACUGUCAGCUGCCAGUCACACGGUGUGUGCUCUUAGACCAGCCAUUUCCUUUACCUCAUAUACCAGAUAACCAGGGACCUGCUGCCUUGACACUGUCAGCUGCCAGUCACACGGUGUGUGCUCUUAGACCAGCCAUUUCCUUUACCUCAUAUACCAGAUAACCAGGGACCUGCUGCCUUGACACUGUCAGCUGCCAGUCACACGCUGUCUGCUCAUAGGCCAGCCAUUUCCUUUACCUCAUAUACCAGAUAACCAGGGACCUGCUGCCUUGACACUGUCAGCUGCCAGUCACACGGUGUGUGCUCUUAGACCAGCCAUUUCCUUUACCUCAUAUACCAGAUAACCAGGGACCUGCUGCCUUGACACUGUCAGCUGCCAGUCACACGGUGUGUGCUCUUAGACCAGCCAU